AUGAACAAAUAUGUUACAGAAAAGAAGCUAGGAAGUGGAAGCUAUGGCACUGUUUUCAUUGUGCAUCCAGUGUCCAAUGUUGAUAAAAAGUAUGUGUUGAAGAAGAUUGCGUUGAAAGGAGUGUCGCAAAAGGAAAAAAAUAACGCCAAGCAAGAAGUCAAGCUACUGCAGGCGCUCCAACACCCUUUCAUCGUCCGAUACAUUGAUUCUUUCAUAGAUGACGAAAGUAACCUUUGUAUUGUGAUGAGCUUCUGCAAGGGAGGAGAUUUGGCAUCGUUUAUUCAGAAAAAUUACACCUACCAAAGAAUUCCAGAAAAGACAAUUCUGAAAUUAUUUGUUCAGUCCGCAUUAGCUCUUCAUUUCAUUCAUUCUCAAAAAGUCUUACACAGAGACCUAAAGUCACAAAAUAUAUUUCUUACUGACAAGGGAAAUGCUCGACUUGGUGAUUUUGGUAUAGCCAAAGUUUUUGAUGACGCUGGUAUGAGAACAUGUGAACAAAUGGCACAGACAACAAUCGGCACACCCUUGUACAUGAGCCCAGAACAAUGUAAUGGAUCAAAAUACAGUUACAAAUCCGAUGUGUGGGCUCUUGGAGUGAUAUUGUAUGAAAUGAUCAAUCAAGGGGCUCUUCCUUUCAAAGGAAAAACAUACAACUACUCUUCUUGA